CCUCAGUGAGCUGGCUGCUGCUUAUAAGCACACCUUCUCUGUAAAACUUCCUCCCUGCUCUGCCCUCCAGGCUUUCCCCUCAUCAAGAGCCUUUCUAGAGCUCUUCAGCUAAAUCCCAGGCCAACAGACAGUGCUUCUGCCUCAGCCAAUUUGAAUGCAUGCUGCCUGUGAGAUUUCCUAAGACACUCUCAGCUGCUGCAUUAAUACUGCAUGAGCCUUCCUCUGGAGGCCUAAUAAUAGCAUGUUUCAUCUGUGAGCCACUUUAUAAACAUUAAGUGAUUAAGCCACCCUCUAUCUUCUCAAGCUCUGGGCUUUGGCAUAGUGGACUUCACUCUCCACCAUCCUCAAGUUACUCCAGCUGGGAAAAAGAAAAAAGAAAAAAACAAAACAAAACAAACAAACAAACAAAAAACAAACAAACAAAAAACAAAACCUGAAAGAUCUUUCCUGGAUAUUUUACAUCAAGACAUGAAGACCAAAGGCCUUGCAGUAACAACCCCUACUUGGAGAGAUCUCACAGAAUGAAGUCUUGGAAGUGAUAGAGGCAAAUGUGUUCUCCAACCUGCCCAAAUUACAUGAAAUGUUAAUAUCCAACACGGGUAUUAAGCACUUGCCAGCUGUUCACAAGAUUCAAUCUCUCCAAAAGGUUCUACUAGACAUUCAAGAUAAUAUCAACAUCCACACAGUUGAAAGAAAUUCUUUCAUGGGACUGAGUUAUGAAAGUAUGAUUUUAUGGCUGAAUAAGAAUGGCAUUCAAGAAAUACACAACUGUGCAUUCAAUGGAACCCAACUAGAUGAGCUGAAUCUAAGUGAUAACAAUAAUUUGGAAGAAUUGCCUAACGAUGUUUUCCAUGGAGCCUCUGGACCAGUCAUUCUGUUUACAUUUUAUCCUUCUAGAGACAUUUCAAGAACCAGGAUCCAUUCCCUGCCCAGCUAUGGCUUAGAAAAUCUUAAGAAGCUGCGGGCCAGAUCAACAUACAACUUGAAAAAGCUUCCCAGUCUGGAUACGUUUGUUGCACUCAUGGAGGCCAGCCUCACCUACCCUAGCCACUGCUGCGCUUUUGCAAACUGGAGACAUCAAAUCUCUGAGCUUCACCCAAUUUGCAACAAAUCUAUUUUAAGGCAAGAAGUCGAGGAUAUGACUCAGGCUAGGGGUCAGAGAGUCUCUUUGGCAGAAGAUGAGGAAUCCAGUUACACCAAAGGAUUUGACAUGAUGUACAGCGAAUUUGACUAUGACUUAUGCAAGGAAGUGGUUGAUGUGACUUGUUCCCCUAAGCCAGAUGCAUUCAAUCCAUGUGAAGAUAUCAUGGGGUAUGAUAUUCUCAGAGUCCUGAUAUGGUUUAUUAGCAUCCUGGCCAUCACAGGGAACACCAUAGUGCUGAUGAUCCUGAUCACCAGCCAGUACAAACUCACAGUCCCCCGGUUCCUUAUGUGCAACCUGGCCUUUGCUGAUCUCUGCAUUGGAAUCUACUUGCUGCUCAUAGCCUCAGUUGAUAUCUACACCAAAAGCCAGUACCACAACUAUGCCAUCGACUGGCAGACAGGAGCAGGCUGUGAUGCUGCUGGCUUUUUCACAGUCUUUGCCAGUGAGCUCUCGGUCUACACUCUGACAGCCAUAACACUGGAAAGAUGGCACACCAUCACCCACGCCAUGCAGCUAGAAUGCAAAGUGCAGCUCCGCCAUGCUGCCAGUGUCAUGCUGCUAGGCUGGAUCUUUGCCUUUACAGUUGCUCUCUUUCCCAUCUUUGGCAUCAGCAGCUACAUGAAGGUAAGCAUCUGCCUGCCUAUGGAUAUUGACAGCCCCAUGUCACAGCUCUAUGUUAUGUCUCUCCUUGUGCUCAAUGUCCUCGCCUUUGUGGUCAUCUGUGGCUGCUAUGCUCACAUCUACUUCACAGUGAGAAACCCCAACAUCGUGUCCUCCUCUAGUGACACCAAGAUCGCCAAACGCAUGGCCAUGCUCAUCUUCACGGACUUCCUCUGCAUGGCACCCAUCUCCUUCUUUGCCAUCUCUGCCUCCCUCAAGGUGCCCCUCAUCACGGUGUCCAAGUCAAAGAUCCUCCUGGUCCUGUUCUACCCCAUCAACUCCUGCGCCAACCCCUUCCUCUAUGCCAUCUUCACUAAGAACUUCCGCAGGGAUUUCUUCAUUUUGCUGAGCAAGUUUGGCUGCUAUGAAACUCAAGCCCAGACUUACAGGACAGAAACUUUAUCCACUGCCCACAACUCCCACCUGAGAAGUGGCCACUAUCCUCCAGGUCUCAAAGUUACCAAUUACAUGCUUGGCCCUCGAAGCCACUUAGCCCAGAACUAAAAUAUUAUGAGCAAAUAUCUCAGUGUUGAGUGAUAAUUCAAGUCUCACCUUUGAAGUGCAUGCUAUGGCAUAGCUGACAGUACUUCUGCAUACUCCAGUCUAAUCUUCCUAGCACAGCUAGAAGGUGGAUUGCUUAGGAACUAUUACUCCAUAUGAUCAAUUAGGAAGCUCAAGUAGUAACAACAUUCAUAAUUAAAAUAAUACUACAUUUGUUUUAUCCUUUACAAUGUUCACAGUGCUUUCAUUCAGAUCUCAACUGAUCCCUAUAAAAGUUUUAUUAAAUGGGCAAAACAGGAAUUACUCUUGGAGUUUUAUAGACAAGUAAACCAAGACUCAAAGGAUUAAGUGACCUGUUCCAAAUGGCUUGGCAUGUCAGAGGCAGAACCAGGAUUAGGUGUUCUGGUUUCCAAAGAACUUCCAAGGGAAGCAGCACAAUAUUCAUUCACUCGUUUGACAAAUAUUCACUGAGUACCUAUGUGAUGGCUUUGUUAUGUGUCAACUUGAAUAGGCUGAACGU